AUGCCCUCUGACAAACGUGACCGCCCUGUCAGCGACCCGGAAGUCUCCGACUCCGGAUCGCCCUUGGACAAACAGCUCCGCCUUGAGUCUGAGAGCGAGUGCGAUAAGGCGACCCUUGCCCCGGUCCCCCCCUCGUCUGAUGAUGAGUGGGUGCUGGUGGAGGGUAGACGUAGACGCCGCUCUCGGCUGACGCCCACUGCCACCGCUGCUCGACCCUCUGCCUCGUCCACCGCCACCGCUGCUACCACGACCGCCACCGCUGCUGCCACGCCCGCCUCCUCUGACUCCUCGGCUGCCACCUUGUUCCACGGUGGGCGCCAGGCGCCCCCCAACCACGCCCCUACCUCUGCUGCCUCUGCCUCGCCCGGCACCGCUUCUACCUCCAACGCCGCUCCUGCUGCUUCCCUCCCUGCCACGCCCGGCACUGCUCCUCCAUCACACCCCGAGUCUGCUGGUUCCGGCCCUUCGACCCCCAAAGUCCUGGUUCCUCCGACGGCGGGGUUCGAUACGGCUCUCGACCUUGCCGAGGGCAAGCCUGUCACCCUGCGACAGGUUGGCGAGGCCACCACCAAGGGCGUGGUGACCGCCUAUCCCGUGGCAAUGCCCCUGAAUGCCCUCCUUCGCCACCCAGACGUCCUCUCUGCAGACAGGUGCCUGACGCGGGACGGGCUCGCCACCAGACAGGUGAUGAUCACCCUGAAGGGGCCACUCCCGGGCUCCCUAGACCUGGGGAGCUGGGGGGUAUUCUACACCCGCCCCUUCAACAAGGAGCCUCUGAGAUGCUACUGCUGCCAACAAUUCGGGCACCACCGCUCCCGAUGCAACCGCCCCGCUGUGUGCGGCAUGUGCUCCGGGCCGCACAUAACAGAGGGGUGCUUGGAAAAAAUACAAGGCCGGGGAGGAGGUGCAGGCAGGUUGUCCGAAUUGCAAGCUGCACCACCACGCCUGGAGCCACCGCUGCCCCACACGGAGGACUAUAGUCGAGCGAGGCAUCCAGAGGCAGGUGGAAUGGCAGGCCGCCCACAACCCGUCUCGCCCUCCUUGGACCCGACAGUCCCGCUCCUGCUCCCGCCCCCGCCACAUGCAAGCCCCUCCUGCUCCAGCAACGCUAGCAUCCGAGGACCACUUCCCCAGCCUCCUUCCGCCACGCGCCACCAGAGCCACAACCCCAACCACAGCGGCACCACCUGCCCCGCAACCUCCGGCAACUCCGUGCUUCCCCCCCCCCUCCCCCCCCCGCCCAUGGCACAGCGCAAACACCGACGGCGCAACUGUCAGUACCCGCAACGUCCGCAAGUUCCACCCCCAAGGUCAGUGCUCGUCACCAAGGACGCGCUGGAGGGCAUGCUACCAAGCUUUGCCUUGGCCCUCACCACUCUACUACAGCUGACGCCGGACAAGGCAGCGAUAGAGGUAAUUGCAAAUGCGACCGUGGCGGAGCACUUUCCGACAACUGCAAACACAGCUCCAACACCGGCAGCGCCUCAAGAAAUACGGAGCCCCGCCUCUCUUCCCGCCGAGCCCAUGCCGACCGUUACCCCCCUCCCUCACCAGGAGGCUGUGAUGGACACCGACGCGCCCGAGGCUCCCGCCACCCAGAGCUCACCACCGGGUCAGACAUCAGUCACCUUCGCCAUCGGCCGCUCCCCACCACGGUCGCACGUCCCGGUGCAAACAGUCCCGCCGCGCUCCCGCAUCACACAGCCCAAGCGGAAGGUGGAGCAGAGGCGCCGCGGCCCUGCGCCCACCCUCACGACGGCCCCCGUGUCCACCCCGGCGGCGUCCGUGAGGGGCGGCCGCUGA